UUUCAAUAUGGUUUAAUCGAGUCACGGAAUGUGGGAACAAUCGUUGUUCUACUUCUCUAAAUAACACACGCAUACAAAGACACGCCGCCGAGUGUCAACAGCUGCCCUGGCCCUGGCCGCCCGCCGUCAAAAUGUCGGACAUUAACGAUGAUUUGCUUAACUACGAACUGGGCGACGACAUCGAUGAUCAGGCCUUGCUUGGUGCCGAUGAGGAUGAGCUGCUCCUCUCGGAUGAAGAGCUGGAAAAAGAUGUCACUAGCGAGGUGAAGCAACAAAUGCGCGCCGAGGCCGAGGAAUGGGCCCAGGAGCAACUGCGUCAGCAUGAGCGCAAGCAAAAAGCACAGUCAGCCGCCUCAGUUGAGGCAGCAGCAUCAGCGCCCGUAGCAGAAGCAGCAGCAACAACAGCAGCUGCAGUAGCUGAUGUGGAAACUAAACCCUCCAUUGUGGCCGCAAAGGUUUCCACAUCGACGCAAAGUCCAACUACCGUGGUGGCUCCUGCCCCAAGCGUCCAGACAGACGACACAGUAGUCGCUGUAGUUGCGGAAACCACUCCCCCGACAGCAGUGGCUGACGAGAAGGUUACAGAAGAGAAAAGCGCGGAACAAGUGCAGCCACAGUCAAAGAAGGAAGCCACGCCACCCACUCAGCCGAGUGGCAGUAGCAAGGCCAGCGCCAGUGCCAAGGCCAGCACAACUACUAGCAUCAGCACCAAAGAGACAUCAUCCAGAGAUGCUGGGGAUUCUACAGCCAAGCAGAGCGAGGCAGAUAGUGAGAGUGAACCCGGACUGGGGCUGGGAACUUCUUCUUUGCUGGCCUCAUCCCAGGAGAGCCUGCCCAGUGGCAGUUCUGCCUCCGAGCUGGCCGAUCUGCGUGAGGAUGAGGAGGAGCGUGAGGAGCGCACCAACUACAAGACUGGCAGUGAGCGGGUCGAAAGCAGUCACAGGCAGCAUCAGGAGCAGUCCCAUUCGAUGUCGCCAUUUCAGCAGCAUCAGCAAAUGCAGAGGCGACACCAAAACCAUUCAGACAAAUCACGAGUGGGAGGCGGUGGACGAUUCAUGCACGGCCAGCAGCAACAGCCGCAGAAUCAAAUGGGAAAACCGCUGAGAGGGAUGGGCGGCGCACGUCAUCACCUGCUGCGCAAUCCCACGCCCAUGUUCGGGGUAAUGCAACAGCAGCAGCAGCAGCGCAUGGGAAUGUCCGGGAUGCCGCCGCCACAGCAACGAUACGGCAUGCCGGGACAAUAUCCGCCAAACCAGCCUCCGAACCAGUCACAACAACAACAAGCGUCGAACCCACAACAACAACAGCAACAACAUAAUGCUCCUGCCUCCCCCCUACUCAAUCCCUCGCACAUGAUGCACCACAAUCACAAUCCAAAUGGAGGGAUACCGCCGCAUCUGCUGCCGCAUCCGCAUGAGCAAGUGCGCGUUGGUCUACUGCAGCCACCGAUGGCGUAUGCCCCCCAACAGGGCGGCUAUCGAAAUGGGGCACUGCUGGGUCCGGGUCCACCACUCCUGCCGCCAACUGGAAUGCGUCCGCCACUGUAUCGCAAUGCUGGCCCGCCGCCAUCUGGCUAUGGCGGCUAUGGCGAUCACGGCCAUCCGCCACCACAACAUCCGCCACAGUUUAUGCGGCCGCACAAUGGCUGGAGGCCGCAGGGGGACGGCGCUCGCAUGCCCCGUCCCCCGCUGCAGGCAUUGCCACCACACAUGAUGCCAGGAGCGCCGCCCAACUAUCCAAAUGGGAUGGUGGGAAUGCGCGGGCCACCGCCUCAGCAGCAGCAGCAGCAGCAGCAGGUCCAGCAACAGCAGCAGCCGCCACCGCCUCAGCCAGUGCGGUCACCACAGCAACAGCAGCAGCAGCAACAGCCUAAUCCUAAUCAGCAACAACAGCAGCAGCCACAACCAAACGGCCCACCGCCACAACAGGGCGGUGGUCCAGCGGCUAUACCGCGGGUCAGCAAGGUGCUGAUCAAUCCGAAUUUCAAGGGCGGCGUCGAGGCAGCCACCAACAAGUUCAUCAAGGAGACGCACUUCAUGCCGGCCAUCAACAGUGAUGCGGAGCUGCUGCGUCAGCAGGAGGAGUUCAUCAAUAAGAAUCGUCAGUACUUUGAGAAGCGGCGAAUGGAGCGUUCCCCGCCGCCGGCUGGCUCCAGCUCGAGCUCUGUGGCACCCUCCUCCUCGGCCCAGGCUGGGGAGAGGAGACGCAGUCGUAGCCGCAGUCGUUCCCGUGGCCGCAGCUAUUCGCCCACCAAGCGUGCCGAAAGGGACCGCGAAAGGGAGCGGGAGAGGGAGCGGGAGCGAGAGCGUGACCGGGAACGAGAGCGCGAACGGGAACAACGGUAUGCGACGGCCAAUCGCCCAGUGGGAAACCGUGGAUUCCGACGUGUUGCUAGCCGCGAUCGAGACGAGAAUCGCAGUGGAGCGGGCGGCGCACCAGGAAGUGCCCCAGCACCCAGUGCCGGUGGAGGUGGAGGUGGCGGUGGCGGUGGCGGUACUGUUGUGCCAUCCAAGAGACGUCGCAGCGGCUCGAACGGCUCUGUGAAUCGUAACCCCUUUUCGGGUGAGCCACGCGGCCGACCCUCGGACAUUGGCGGUGGUCGAACCGCUGUCAGUGGAAAAGCCAGCGAGGAGGAUGAGGAGACUCGCAUCUACCGCCUGGAGAUCGAGAAGCAGAAGCAGCUGCGGGAGAAAAUUCUGCGCGACAAGGAGCUGAAGCGUAGGCGCGCGGCCGAGGAGAAGCUACAUGAGGAAAAGCGCGCUGAACAGCUAAUUUCACCAGGCCGUGAAGAGAAGGAGGCACCUGGUGCGGGAGCGGCACCACCACAAAAGCAACGUCCGGCAGCCGGCAGCCACGAGCGCAAGGUAAUCUCCCUGAAAAGGCGCGAAGACCAGGACCCGGCAGGGGGCAAUGGCAACGUCAACAGCGGGCGCAGCAGCAGACAGCAGCAACACCAACAGCAAACAUCAUCGGCGGCGCCCGCUCGUAAGCAACUGACCGCGGCCAAAAUAGCGCCGGAGGCUAAGAGGAGUAUAACCGAGCACCUGGCGCCCACCCCUAAGCCGCAGCAGCAGCAGCACCAGCACGGAUCGGCAGCGGCUGCCGCCCAAGCAAGAUCGAGUGGAGGCGGAGGUGGAGCUGGUUCUGGUACUGGUGGUGCGACACCGCCCACUACGUGCAAGCCACGCGAUAUGCUGCGUCUGGGCACGCCCAGCGACGAUGAGGUUGAGCUUGACUACGAUGACGAUGAACUGAUGCUGGAUGAGGAGGAUCGCCUUUUGGCCACACCCUCGCCACCACCACCGCAGCAUCAGAACCAGCAUCAGCAUCAGCAUAAGGCGAGCAGCAAGCGCUCGGCCACGCCCGAAAUGUUGGUGGUGAAACGCACUCAGAAAUCUGCUCGCGGUGGCAACUCGUCGUCAACGGGCAGCUUUGGCUCCUCCCAUAGGCGGGUGGUGUUGAAGCCCACCAGCAAUGGCAGCGGCGGCGGCGGCGGCGGUGGAGGAGAUCACCAGCAGUCUUCGCAUGGCAGGCAGCGGGAUAGGCGACAGCGUGGGGAUGACCAUAUACUGCAGAGGAAAGGGAGCAACGCGGGAGGCGGUAGCUCAGGAGGAGGCGGAGGCAUCUUUGAGCGUCUGGAGAAGCGGAAGGCAGCAUCCUCUGGAGGAAGCGGCGGCGGCGGUCACAAGCAGCGAGGCCGAGGGCCGGCCCGUAUUGUACUCAAGCACGAUUGAGGAUUGCAGAAGACGGAUUAAGGCAGCAAAGCUAGGAUUAAGCUCAAAAUUCAAAUUGUAAAAGAUAAAUCGUUUUUUUUUCUAUAUAAAUUCUGCGGAUGAUAAAUGUUGCAGAUAAUGUUAGAUUUUAAGCUCUAAAGUUGCAACACUUACAAUUGUUUAUAGGUAGAUGUUAAGCCUUAUGUUCGUGUAUACGUUAAGCAU